GGUAUAAAAAGACGCAGAGCGACUCAGGAACCUGCCCAACGGGUAGCCUUUAGUUAAUUGUAAAGCGGAAAGGAGGGGGACGUUUGGCACUAGCUCUCCUCUGUGCGUAAAGCCGCCUGAUGCUUGGAGAGACGCAGAUUCGGGCUCACCGCGUGCAAACGCCCACAUCCUUGAGUCGGCUCUGCUUUCUUUAGGUGAAUGAAAGUUUCCUAGGAGGGGGAAGGCAGAGGAGAUGAUAUCUGACCAGGAUGAGUCGGAAAGGUGAACUUAAAUAAGCAAAAGUGCGCGUCAACCACCUGUUAUAAAUCAGCGCGAAAUGGGCAUGCUUAGUGUGGACCUCCUGGUAACUUUGCAGAUCUUGCCUGGUUUCUUCUCCAACUGCCUGUUUUUCGUGCUGUAUGAUUCGAUAGUGCUGGUAAAGCGUGUGGUGUCACUCCUGAGCUGCUCGGGCUCCACGGGUGAGUGGCAGCGCAUGUUAACCACAGCCGGCGUGCGCUCCAUAUGGAACAGCUUUCUGCUGGAUGCCUACAAACAGGUGAAGCUGGGUCAAGCUGCUCCAAACUCCAAGGUGGUGAAGGUUCCUGGCAUCAACAGAUGCUGGAGCAUCAGCGGUAAGACCCACAACGAGUGCCAUCUGCUGGACUUUGAGUCUCCUGACCGCCCGUUAGUGGUCAACUUCGGCUCGGCCACUUGACCCCCCUUUAUAAGCCAGCUGCCGGUUUUCCGGCGGAUGGUUGAGGAAUUUUCAGAUGUGGCAGACUUCCUGCUUGUCUACAUCGAUGAGGCUCACCCCUCAGACGGCUGGGCGGCUCCUCCCAUGGAAAACUUUUCAUUUGAAGUGAGGAAACACCGUAAUCUGGAGGAGAGGAUGUUUGCCGCUCGGACACUUCUGGAGCAUUUCUCUUUGCCGCCUCAGUGCCAAUUGGUGGCAGAUUGCAUGGACAACAACGCCAACGUAGCCUACGGUGUGGCCUACGAGCGGGUUUGCAUCGUGCAGAAGAAUAAAAUCGCUUACCUUGGGGGUAAGGGUCCAUUUUUCUACAACCUUAAAGAUGUGCGGCACUGGCUCGAGAAGUGCUACGGGAAGCGAUAAUUUUUUGGAAGAAGAGGUCAAAUAGCCUUUUCUGUGAAUGCUAGAAGAUUUUAUUUUUGUAUAAUGGAGAGAAAUCGAGGGUAAGGUGCUUUUCGAACUGUUAAACGGUGGCUCCGGUGGAAACACUUGGGCUGGGCUCCAAGUCAUUGUCUUGAAUUGUCUAAAACGAUCAGCAGGUGUCCUACAUUUCUAACCACUUUUCAAAAAGAAUGAAAUGAAUAUAGACUCUAAAUACUGACCGUGUGGUUUGCACUUCAAUUUUGAGAUUACAUUGUUGCCAGCAAAACGAUUUGUAGAUGCACUAUUAAUAACUUGUUCCUUUGCGAUUAAUGUAGAGUUAAAGUGUGCAAUAUUUUUGUGCGACUUAACAUAUUGCUUACAAAAGAAAACCAAAUUGCUGAGCAGAAGAGAAAGCACAAGUACCCAGCUUUUAUAUGAAAAGAGAAUAAUUUAUUUUUAUUGACAUUCAAUGUUUAUUUUUAAUAUGUGGCCUGUUUAUGCGCUUGUAAUGCUUUCCCUUCCUCUCUUCAACUGACAAUCGUUCUUAUUCUAUGUGGCAUCAGCUUUUACACCCCUGAUACGCUGUUCAGUUCAUUCGCAUCGGUAAUCCCAUUAGGAAAACUACUAACUCUUCCAGCCCGUAUUGUACUUAAUAAUAGACAAAUCAAUGGCUUCAGCCACCGGACUUCACUGCAGUGUACAGGAAAGCUGAUGAAAAGUACUUUUACUCCUGAAUGUUAGAGAAAAGUUUUCGAAUGUCGCCGAAAGAUCGGUAGUCGCUCAAUUGGGUCAAAACGGUGUUGGUGUGCACAUGAAAAUCACAGACGAAAUGGUCCUCUGUCCUGUCUGUGGUUGGAUGAGAGACCACACCUCUCUGUCCUGAUCCAAAUGAGCAUGACUGCUAACAUGCUGAAACAAUCACUCUGAAUCUGAAUCACUCUGAAGGCUUUGAGUUUUGUUUCACAGAACUGUUCUCAUGUACUACAACCACCCUCUUCCUUUUAAUGAGAAAAAGGCGAGACAAAAUAAAGUUGAACUGCUGCUGACUAUGACUCCACCUCCUACCCCUCCAUUUUUUUUGUGUGUUUGAUUCUGGGAAAUUUCAAUGAGGGGUGAUUGGAUUGAAAAAGGGAGGGAAAACGUUCAGCGGAAAACUCCAAAAGGAGAAACCGUUGCAUGACGACAAAUUUAAACAAAAAAAAAAAAAGAAAUGCACCAGCCGUAAGAGGUCGAGGAGUACAUGUGCUCCCCCCCCCAUUAAAAAUGUGUCUGCAGAAAUGCAUAGUGAUGGGUCUGAACAUGUGCAACACAAUCAAACCGUGUGACGCAGAGGUCUCUGGCUGAACUUCUGCGUCUUCAAGGCUGCCAAUAACUAAAUAGCAAAGGCUCAGGGAGAACAUGUCCCUGGGAAGCACCAUGAAACAGAACCCCUUGUUGUGGCCGGGCAUCGCUUAUCCGAGCGGAACUAGUCCAUUUGGACCGCUGAGACGUUAUUCACAGACUGUCUCAGUCUUGGAAAGCACCGUGCUGCACGAUGGAGCAGGGAGGUUGCCAACGUUAAAGAUGGAGGCAUCGGAAAAGAGAGCCACACAACAGCAACAAACACAAGCCCCACUCCAGGAAAGGGUCCCAUGGUGUGCCUUCUAAGGAAUGCGUCUGGUAAACAGGUACUGAACAGAAUUCUAAGCAGCGUGCGAAGAAGUGUUCUCAUUUAUAGGGCAUAACAAGGACUCGGGACCAAGGGGGGUGGGGGGCCCAUUUAUUCAGAUAAGGUCAAAACGUGACGCCUAAGAAGAGCGGACGUUUGCCAAAUCGGCCAGUAUAAAUUCAAACGAAAUGUUGAUGCAAGCCUUUAAAUGUAUGUGUCUGCAGUUCAAAGAUAAGCCAUUUAUGUUCAUACUUCGACAGUGGACUAUUUGGUUUGGAUGUGAUCUGACCGCUCUCUCGGAAAAACGAUCUUAGGCCUAAUAUCAAUAUAUUCAGUAAAUCAGCUCAGAAUCCAACCCGAGGGAUGCCAAACAUUUUAUUCAUAUUUAAUGCACUUUUUCUCCUGCAUGUAUAAAUCUGAUGAGGGGGAAAAAGGAAAAUUGCUGAAGAAAAUUAGUUCUUACAGGGAUAGCUCACAGAAAAACUAAAAUUCUGUCAUGAUUUACAGUACUUAGCCUAACAAAGAUAUUUCUAUAUUCUCCAAAAUAUCCAUAGAAGCAAAAAAAGUCCAACGAUUUGGAAUGACCUGAGUAAGUAAAUUCUGACACAAUUAAAGUUUAUGGCUUAACUAUCGCUCUAAGAACCCUCUCUGAGAAUCGUAUGAUAUUAAGCAGUAAGGAUCUGACUGUAUUACAUACAAAUCACAAAUCAAACUGUUUAAUCAAGCAACUUCUUGCAUUGUAAAUGUGAGUUCAUUUCUCUCAUUCAUUUACGCACUUGUCUAUACUGUCACAGUAAUCCACCCUAACAGUUCUUAUGCUAUUAUCAACAUAAUCUUAUAUCUUAUUUUCAUUUGUCCUCUCUUUGACUCUGGUAAGAAUCUUAGCAGCUUUUGGAGAUGCACUUAGUCACUGAUACAGCGCAUGGAUAAGGCAAAAUUAUGCUUUUUUAUCUAAGUCUUAUAAAGGUUAGCUUCUAGAGCCAAGUAUUUGCACUUUGAGUAGAGUUCAAACUGAACUGAACAUGAACAUGUACUGAACAUGCUCCAAAUUUCUUUGAUGCUUGAUGACCAACCUGAGCUCAAAACACAUGUAAUUCAGCCUGGAACUCACAUAACAUUAUAUUUACAGCUGAUUGUUUUACGGUCUGAUAUAUGAUCAUAUUUACAUAUGCGUAUAGCAAAUUUAACACAAGUUAAUCAACACUCUGGUUUCUUACAUUACUGGUAAUAGACAAGAUUAUCGGCUUAUCACUAAGAGCUAUCCUCAAACUCAAUGCUCAAAAUCAUUUAAUCUGUUUAUAUUCAGUUUAACGUUCAUUCUUGAAACCGUUCUUGAGGUACAAAACUAUAUGAUCGCUUUAUUACAAUAAUAAUAAUAAUGAUAAUAAUAAUGUUAUUAUUAACAUUGACUUAUAUGUUGUUUUAGAACACAUUUUUAAUAUAACAGCAUUUUUUCCCACAAUUUUUCAUUUAAAGAGGAUAAUAAUAAUUAAAAUAAAGGUUAAUACAUUUCAUGGGUUUGCUUUUAUGUCUUCAUGCAUUUCAUUUCUUCCUGAUGCUGUGAAAGCCUAACAACCGAAAAGGAACUUUGGGUCUGAAUUAAUAUUGAAUGUAUUUAACAUAUAUUUUGAGAGGAACCAUUAAGAAUGUUGAUUGGCAGCUUGUUACAUGUGCCUUAUUUUCCUACUAUGUUUAAUGCCAAGUUUGUUUUAUUGUGCCAUUUGGCUGAUUAAAGACGCAGCAAAUCGGA